AGCAGCAGAGCCUUGCCUUCAGACAGCAGGAAUGCGGGAUGUCUGGAGUGGGGGUCAGGAAGCGAGGAAAGAAUGCCAAGUAUGUCCAUGUUUGUCCAGGGCUGGCUCUCCAUUCAGCCCCCAGUGACGUGCUGCGAGGACCAGCGAGUAUAAAAGCAGCUCGACUCUGCAGUCAGAACUCAGAUCAGCUCCUCUACCGAAGCUAAACUCUAGCUUUCACCAAGAAAGGAAAGACAGACUGUGACUGGAGCAGCAGAUUAAGACUUGAAGGCGUCCGAGACAAGAGAUCAACUUGAUCAGAAGAGUUCUGAAACUCAAACUAACGGAAGACUUUCUGCUCGACGGUUUUUGGAAGAAUCUGAACUGAAUACUACAAACUAGAAAAGAUGUUUGCUGGAACGAAGAAGAUGAUCUUGCUGCCUUUGCUGUGUGUCAUGCUGUCAUACAUGGCUGCGGGUCAGGAGUGCAGCGGCCAGUGUUCGUGCCCCUCCACCCCCCCCCAGUGCCCGGCAGGAGUGAGCCUGGUGCUGGACGGCUGUGGGUGCUGCAGGGUGUGCGCCAAACAAAUGGGGGAGCUCUGCACUGAGAAGGAUGUUUGUGACCCACACAAAAACCUCUUCUGUGAUUUUGGAUCACCCAUCAACAGACGCAUAGGCGUGUGCUCAGCUCAAGAAGGAGCCACCUGUGUGUUUGGAGGCAAAGUGUACAAGAGUGGAGAGACGUUCCAGAGCAGCUGCAAGUACCAGUGUACCUGUCUGGAUGGGGCUGUGGGCUGUGUCCCACUUUGCUCCAUGGACAUCCGACUGCCGAGCCCAGACUGCCCAAUGCCAAGACGGGUCAAAGUGCCCGGGAAGUGCUGCGAGGAGUGGGAGUGUGAUUCUCCCUACAAAAACACCUUUGUGGGCUCUGCAUUGCCAGCAUUCAGGCAAGAGGAGAUCUACGGCCCCGAUCCAAACAUGAUGAGAGAGAAUUGCCUGGUUCAGACUACUGAAUGGAGCGCCUGCUCUAAGACCUGUGGCCUUGGAAUAUCUACAAGGGUCACCAAUGACAACCGCGACUGCCGCCUAGAGAAACAGACCCGGUUUUGUAUGGUGCGCCCAUGCGAGUCACAGCUGGAGCAAAGCAUUAGGAAAGGCAAAAAGUGCAUCCGUACCCCAAGAGUCUCCAAGCCCAUGAAGUUUGAGAUCUCUGGCUGCACCACCACAAAGUCCUACAGGCCAAAGUUCUGCGGCGUCUGCCUGGACGGCCGCUGCUGCACCCCCCACAGGACCACCACCCUGCCCAUGGAGUUCAAAUGCCCCGAUGGGCAGGUCAUGAAGAAGUACAUGAUGUUCAUCAAGUCCUGUGCCUGCCAUUACAACUGCCCCGGAGAGAACGACAUCUUCGAGUCCAUGUAUUACAAGAAGAUGACAGGUGACAUGGCCUAAGGCACUGAGGAACAAUCAGAUCUUAUGACUUGAAAAGAACAAAACAGAACUCCAUCUCAAUUUGCAGCUCAAUAUAAGUAUACAGAUAUAUAUGUAUUUACGUUUCUCAUUUUUGUAAUGUAAAAGUAGCCCAGGCACUUGUCUUAGUGUCUGGAUUUGUUUGCGAGGCUGAUGCACGUCAGCCACAUAGACUCAGACAGAGGGUUGCUUUGCAGCCCCAAGAGAUUCCUGCACUAUAACUUUUUUUUUUUUUUAUCAUGACAAACCUACUGUCAGGUUUCCGCCCGUUCCCCUUUCCAAACCCAUACUUUUCACUGUACGAAUCUUUACGCCAUAUCUAAACGCUGACCUCUCAAAAUGAGGUGUCUAAUUAAUCCCUCCACCCUGAGUCCGAGACCAGACCUGUAAACUCGAAGCAGCUGUAAAAAGGGAGCAGGCAGACCACAGCCAGUCAGUGUUUUACUGUCCAAAUGGGUCUCAAUGUGUCCUUGUGUUUGUGUACGUGCGUGUGUGUUAGAGUGAGAGCACGGGCCUGAAUGUUGGCCUUGUCUGUGUGUACGCUGUCCACUCCACUUAGAGUGGAGGAAAGGUCAGAGUUUCCGCCCAACAUGUGGAUGAGAAAGAGAGCAGCACGCAGAGUUUAGGGUUAGAUAUGGAACACUGUGGGCUUUGCCUUGGCACUGAAAAAGAGAAGAAAAAAAAAACAUGUGUUGACUAUUUCCAAAUCAGGUCAGAGAGGAAAAAAGAAACAAACAUCUAUUUUGUACAAAAAUAGAAGAACAGACUGGAGGAAUUGUAAUUUUUCAUUCCUUUUAUAUUGUUGAUAUGUAAAUUGUGUAUAUAUUUGUACAGCUUAAAUUAAUUUAAAAAGCAAAAAAUUGUUCUGUGCUUCAAAAUGCAUUAAUAGUGAUUAUUUCUUUGUCAAUGGUAUUUUUUACUAUUUUAUUGAGAAGUGUGACUAAAAAUGUUACAUGUUUCAGUUUGUAGCUGGAAAUAAAGUC